AUGCUAAACUCGCACUCCCAUAAUAUGGAUAUCACACCCACCACACCCCUUCUUAGCCCUUACUCAAAGGGCCAUGCCAGCGUCCCAUUUCUAUCUCGCCGCGAUGACGGCUUCCUGCUCAGUUACGUCCCGGGCGGUAACGCAAUGCACCACUUCCUGCAAAUGCUACGGCGCUACUGCCAGAACCUCGACUACUACAUGGCGCGGUGGUUCAGGCUGAUAAACACAAGCCCGUUUCCGUUUGAUUACAUUCGCUACAUGCAGCAGAUUCUGCUGCCGAGGCUAAAGGUACUGACAGAGACGUUUGAAAUAGCGACAGUCAACUUCAACACGCGUGAGGUGAUGCAGACAAUGGAUAUGGAGAGGUGGCUGAAGAUGGUAAGGACCGAUGUGGAGUGGUUUAGGAAUGAGGGUUUGGUGAAGAAUAAGGGGGAGAGGAGUGAUAUGAUACAGUUGGGUAUAUGCGUGGAAUGUGGGAUGCAUUGGGAAGGUAUGGGUAAUUGA